UGGUCCGAGACUCUGUCAAGCCUGAACCCAGCCCAGACUCGUCGAGUGGUCGGUUCCUUUCCAAUCUGGUGAGCCUUCAGAUCACCUGAGAUUCGUUCACGGCGACUCCAGUCCGGAAAUGGGUAUUUGGACGCUACUAGAAGGUUGUUUGCUACUCGCUAAUGCACUGGCAAUAUUGAACGAGGAGCGCUUCCUUGUGCCUAGACGGUGGAGCUUCCAGGAAUUCUCGGGAGUCAGAAGAAAUUCAAUGAAGGGACAGCUGAUCGGUCUUAUUUAUGCAGUCCAGUACAUGAGAAUUCUUCUUAUGGUUGCCAAUGUUGUCGUCAUUGUUGUGAAGCUGGUAUCUGGGUGAUGUUUGGUAUGACAUUGUCUGACAACCAAAAUAACUACUCUUGAUGGUUGAAUGGUAGGGAUUCGUCUGAACAUGCAGAGGUUUUUCUUUUCCAAGGGGAGAAGCAAUUAGUAAAAGAUUACAACAGAGUUCUUUAUGGAAACUCCUUCGCCGACAGAAGUGGUUUUGAAAUCGGUUUGACAAUGAUUUUAUAUUGUAGAUUAACUUGUGUGCCAUUUCAACUCACUAUUCAUGAUUUUAGUUCAUUGACUUCAUUUCAGUCUUUGAUGCAUCUUACUUGGAAUAAAAUGUCUGUGAUCGUAGAUUUUAAGACAAAGCUCGACUUUAUGAGAAGAGACAAAUGGUGAAUAGGCCAAUAUAUUUGUGACUA